UUAUGUAGGUGUGCCUGUGCUCUUCUGUUUGGCACCCUUGCCGUGUUUGCUAUGCAGGGCAAGUUUAGGAAUGUGUUCAAGAAUAUUGACUGCUAACCUUUCUACUGAACAGACGCCGGGACGCACCGCGUAAAAGCGGGAAUCAACGUGCGUUUCGAACAACGUUUGCUAGCCCGCGACGUGUGGUUUAAUGGCGAAGUGAACCUGCGCGCAACAGGAAAGUGCCAUUGGCCGUGUAUACGCCCGCUGUUUACACUUCCCUUUGGUGUAUGGGGAUGUGUAACUGGUGCACCGUAAACGGACCACGAUGGAAUUGACCGACUACGCGUUCGACACACGAAUACGCAGGCGGCACAUUCCUUUGCUGAGCAAUCAGAGGCGACUGAGGCACUUGACAGCAAUACAUGCGCGAAACGUCGUGUCACCCGAAAUAUCAGAGACUGAGUAUUUUGGCCUUUUCUACACAAUUCACCUAAACCGCGAUGACCCCGCCAUUUACACCAGUGAAGUGUGCGAAAAUAAUUUGAAUCCGAUGUGGCAGCAACUACAGAUGGCUAAGUUCAACAACCUGCGAAAUAAUUCUUCCAAAUCCCUAGUGGUGCGAGUCUGGCUAACCAAGAGGAAUGACUCUUGUGCCACUUGUCUGAUAGAAUGGGAUGUCAAUCUUCAUGGGCUCUCCUUCCUUGGUGAACAGGUGCCCAAGGAUGGAAGGAAGUUUCUGCCGAAUACACUCCUUUUUGCCAUGCCAGAAGGCAUUUAUGGAGCUGCAAACACCAUUGUGCAGCAGGGACCAAAGGGCGACAAUUCAGGCCACAACUUAUACGAAGUUCUUUACUCAGACCCAACUGUGAUGAGGAAUUCCUGCUCAGUCAACAGCCUAAAGCGGAUGAUGAUGACUGAGAGAGCUAUCAAGCAAACGCAAGCAUCAGUGUCGCGUGUUCGCCGAGCUAUAGAGCAGCGGCUUCAGCAGAGGCUACAGCUUCACGAGCGUCUUGCCGAGCAGGAAAAGGUGCAGCUUCGGAUAGGUCUGCUGAAAGAAGUCAUCGAAGAGCGUUCUCGGCAGCUCGAAAAGGAACAAGUAGCCUGCCGAGCUAAGGCGCAGGAGCUAGCUGACAAAGAGAAGCACCUGGCAGCAAUGGCAGCCGAACUCGUGGAGAAGCGGAACACGCUAGUGGAAAGACGGAGGCACUACUUUGAAGUUCGGGAGAACCUGCUCAAGACUUCCUCGCGGCUGCUGUUCAGACAGAAGGAGCUCAUCACUGAGCUGGCUUUCAUCUACCCCGUAGUGUCUUUCCCAGAAGAAAAAGGCUACACUAUUUGUCUUGUUCAUCUUCCUAAUAGUGAGGACUUCAGUGAUCGGGAUGACCAAAUGAUUUCGGUUGCCCUGGGUUACGUCGCACACACGCUGCUAAUGAUGUCUCACUUCUUGGACAUGCCACUCCGCUAUCCCCUUAUCCACUGUGGAUCUAUGUCUUCGGUGCGAGACAACCUCAUCGAGCACUUCACAGACAAAGAGCGCGAGUUUCCCUUGUAUAUGAAAGGAAAGGACCGCAUGACGUUCAACUACGGUGUCUACCUCCUCAAUCGCAACAUUGCCCAGUUGAGGUGUUACUGCAACAUCGUCACCAAAGAUCUUCGGACAACCCUGCACAAUCUCCAUGGGCUUUAUGAGUUCUACAGCAUAAAGCAGAACAGCCAGCCAAGCAGUGCACCAGUGCCAGUGCCGGCUUCUCCUCUGGCCGUGCCCAUCAAAGGGAACAACACCAUUGGAUCUGCACGGGAGCAACGGUCGUCAGACCAUGUCCUUUCGCCUCCCACUGCAAAACGCGAAGACAUGGAGCACAUCUUCAAAUGUGGGGAAGAGCCAUCGGGCGGAGCGGAGGCAAGCGCAGCUGUUGCCCCGCAGAAACUGAGUAGUUCCCUAGACAAAGGGCUGGACAGCUUUCAGAGCACAGUCACCACUGAGCCCGAGGACAAGAGGAGCACCGCACUGCCAGUCAAGUUCCCAACGCUUAAAAGCAGCUAUCGCCUCAGUGAGCCAAACCUCCGGGAGUUCGAGGCACGCACCAUGUUCAAGGAGAGACGGGCAGUGACGGAGCACUUGUUGCCCGUGCCGCCCGUUGUGUACGAUGCGACAGAGGAGAGCGGAUCGCUCAACAGCGGUGACGGCAUUGUAGAAGUAGCCGUGGACACGCUGUUUGACGCAGAUCUGACGGCACGGACGGAGCAGUUGGCCAGUGCAGUGCGCAGUUUCCGGACAUACUCUUCGGUGUCAUCGUCGAAUGGACCGAGCCCAAAGCCAUAGCGUUUUUUACCCUCUCAUAGUUUAGAGGGAAGUGGGUUGGGUUGUGAAAGCCCUGUGCAAGACUUGCCCUCUUUAUUACUAAUUUGAACUGUUUUGAUGCAAAGAACUUUACAUCUGCAGCUCGAGGCAGCUGGUUUUUUUUAUACUCUUGGCAUCGUUGUCGGGCUUACAGACAGCAGUACGGUGUAUAUUUUGGCUACGUCAGUUUGCUCUGCAAGAAUCUGAGAGUUUUGGUCUCUUGUGUAUACAGGUUUCUAAAUGUGCGUAGCCUUGGUAACGGAGUUGAUUAUGAGCACUUCGUCUUUUCUAUAGUAGAAUGAUGUCCUCUCUGGUAGCGACACCAUUUGUGCCUGUUGAUUGCAAAUAUCAAAGAACCUGUUACCCAUCAGUGGUAAAUUAAUCUGUAUAUUGACUGGUUAUAGUAAGUUCAAGAAGUUUUUAUGCUGUUAUAAACGUAUGCGGCAUGUUAUAUAAUAUUAUUUUGAACGUUAACGUAGUUAUGAGUGCGCACGUUCUUUCAGGAUGGCUACAAACGCCUGACUGUUGUAAAUUUUGUGUUAAUGAGUGAUAACUCCUUUGUACACUAUAUUUUGUUGUGAUGGCUUUUCGUGUGAACUGCCACAUUGCAGGUGAAAAUUGUAACUGUGCAAUGUGAUAUUUGUUCGCUUGCAGUGGGCAUUCGCCACACAAGGUAGAAUCAUUGUGAUAUUAGUGUCUAUCUUUUCUAUGAUGAGUGCUUGAGCACAGGACUUUCUGCUGGGAAACAUAAAGUAACUGCUCAUGCUAGUCAAAAAGGUUAGAAAGCACACCUGUAUUCAGCUUGGCUGUUUGUGAGACUGAGAUUAAAA